AUGGCUGCCGGAGGAUGCAUCUGCGGAAACGUCCGCUACGAAGCCGGAGGUGCGUGUGGGGCAAGCGUCCUUUGCCAUUGCUUGGACUGCCGUAAGAUCGGCGGUAGCACCUACAGCUCCAAUGGUGUCUAUGACGCAGACCAGUUUAAGAUCACCAAGGGCACUCCCAAGCAGCACAAGAAGAAGGGUGACAGCGGUAACGAGAUGAUCUCCAACUUCUGCGGCGAUUGCGGCACUACCCUCUGGCGCGAGGGAGCGACCUUCCCCGGCAAGAGGAUCGUCAAGGUCGGCACCUUGGACGACACCAGCAUCCUGGACAACUUCAAGGCCGAUGCCGAGCUGUACACCGACCACAGGCCCAAGUGGGUCGCUGCGCAGGACGGCGCCGAUCAGAAGGCCAGGUCGUAG